AUGAGGCUGCUGACCUUCUUCCUCAACCCCCUCGCACUCACAGGCUACGUCCUUCCUUGCGUAGGCGCCCACAAAGAAAGCAAAGCCGACCGCAUAGCAGACUUGCAUAAGAACUUCGAACCCCACACAUGGGAACAACAAAUAGUAAACCGCAUGGAAGCCCGUAAGAAAAUCGACGUCCGCUUCAGGGACGACCUCUACUAUAUCUGUGAAAGACGUUCCAAUACCAAGGCCUGCAGGGUGUCAGCCAAAAUCUACUACGCCGGAGUCAGGUUAUGGGGGAAAAAUCAUGAGAAUGCGUUUUUCACCAUCAACGCUAUUGUCGCCAACCAUGCCCCCGUGAACGCUUCCGACAGUAUCUCCAUGACAGUUACCAGGAUCAACACAACCUCUGAAAAUACUACUACCAUCAACACCACCCACACGAAUACUGCUGGUCCCGACGAUACACAAAGAGAUAUUCGUAGCAAAGAAAAAGUCGCUAUCAUGGCCUGGCUUGGCGAACUGACGCAUGCAGAGCUGCUGAUGGAAAUGCCAGAGACGCAUCUGGAGUAUUUAAGCAAGUCACUCGAUGACUGGACGGAAGUCAUUGAGAGAGAGUGA